GUUUUCAAUCUUUGCAUUUGUAAAUGUUUUUAGAAUAACUUUAAAGAAAAACUGAUUCACUUAAAUACAAUAUAAUAAACAAAAAUGUCCACAAAUCCCCAUAUUAAUGCCAUUUUCAGUGAAUUCCAAAAAACACUUGAUGAGGAACAAGAAACACGCGAGGCUAUAAGAACUAUCUGCAAAGAUGUCGAUCAAUUAUCCCGCGAGAUAACCACUGUGUUGCAAGUUAUUCAUCACAACGAAGAAUCAAUAAUGCAAGCUUGUAUGAAAGCUCGUGAGUUGUUUGAAAAAGCUAGGGAUGGAUACAAAAAAUUAAAAGACACUGUGCCUUCAACUGAUUAUUAUAAGUACCAAGAUCACUGGCGCUUUAUGACACAGAGAUAUUGUUUCUUGAUAUCUCUUGUGAUCUGGUUAGAGAAAGGUAUACUGGCCAGUCAUGAAACUGUUGCAGAGGUCUUGGGAGUGAGUGAUGUUGAAGAGAAAUGUGGAUUUCAUUUGGAUGUGGAAGACUAUCUUGUUGGUUUGCUCCUUAUGUGCACUGAAUUGUCGAGGCUAGCUGUGAACUCAGUGACGCGCGGGGAUUACAACCGGCCGGUGCAGAUAUCCAAAUUCGUCAUGGAACUCAAUGCUGGCUUCAGACUACUAAAUCUCAAGAACGACCAUCUUCGUAAACGGUUCGACGCGCUAAAGUACGACGUGAAGAAGAUAGAAGAAGUAGUGUACGAUCUCAGUAUAAGAGGACUACUGCCCAAGACUGCCGACGCCGAACAAAAUUAGACUGUUAAUUUUUAUUUAUAAGCAGUAAAUAAAUAUAACUUUAAUUU